CCACCUUAGGGAUUUGGUACAUGAAGCAAGAUCGCCCUCUCAGUGAAAGGCAGAUGUCCCUUUAAGGUUUGCUUUGCCGCCGUUGCCCGUGUGGACUUUAGCCUAAACACGGUCCCGCGAAGUUGGCUUUAUUUGUCCAUGUCUCGGAUCGAGCCUGGGACGCUGCCAGGGAGAUUUCAGAGACCCAGCGCUCGAAGGGGCGGGAGAUGUGGCAAUCGGUCUGGGAUGUGAAAAGCGUGGAGCGAGCUUAGAGGCAAAACACAGGAAAUCACUCCUCUGCGGCUCUUGGGCGCUGCAGCCGCUGGGGCCACUGCUGGACACCCGCGGAGACCGCCCGAGUGACCCAGAGCGCAAGGCACCGGCGCGCAGCUCCUGCCAGCUCCUGCCAGCUCCUGCCCAGGAACCCGCACGUCAAGGGAGCUUGCAGCCACUCCAGCCAUGGUCCCCAGGCGCCCUGCCAGCCUAGAGGUCACUGUAGCCUGCUGCUGGCUCCUCACUGUUAUUCUAGGCUUCUGCAUAUCCUUCAACGUUGAUGUGAAAAAUUCAAUGAGUUUCAGUGGCCCAGUGGAGGACAUGUUUGGAUACACUGUUCAACAAUACGAAAAUGAAGAAGGAAAAUGGGUUCUUAUUGGUUCUCCUUUAGUUGGUCAACCCAAAGCAAGAACCGGAGAUGUCUAUAAGUGCCCAGUUGGGAGAGAAAGAUCAAUGCCUUGCGUGAAGUUGGAUUUGCCAGUGAACACAUCAAUUCCCAAUGUCACAGAAAUCAAAGAAAACAUGACAUUUGGAUCAACUUUAGUCACCAACCCAAACGGAGGAUUUCUGGCAUGUGGGCCUUUGUAUGCCUAUAGAUGUGGACAUCUGCAUUAUACAACCGGGAUUUGUUCUGAUGUCAGCCCUACAUUUCAAGUUGUAAACUCCUUUGCCCCUGUACAAGAAUGCAGCACUCAGCUUGACAUAGUCAUUGUCCUGGAUGGCUCCAACAGUAUCUACCCCUGGGAAAGUGUCACCGCCUUUUUAAAUGACCUUCUUCAGAGAAUGGAUAUUGGCCCUAAACAGACACAGGUUGGAAUUGUACAGUAUGGAGAAAAUGUAACCCAUGAGUUCAACCUCAAUAAGUAUUCAUCGACAGAAGAGGUACUUAUUGCAGCAAACAAAAUAAACCAGAGAGGUGGUGUCCAAACAAUGACAGCCCUUGGAAUAGACACAGCCAGGAAAGAGGCAUUCACUGAAGCUCGGGGUGCCAGGAGGGGAGUUAAAAAGGUCAUGGUCAUAGUGACUGAUGGAGAAUCACAUGACAACUAUCGACUGAAACAGGUCAUCGAAGACUGCGAGGAUGAAAACAUUCAGCGAUUUUCCAUAGCUAUCCUUGGCCACUACAACCGAGGGAACUUAAGCACUGAAAAAUUUGUGGAGGAAAUAAAAUCGAUCGCCAGCGAGCCCACUGAAAAGCACUUCUUCAAUGUCUCAGAUGAGUUGGCCCUGGUCACUAUCGUUAAAGCUCUAGGAGAAAGGAUAUUUGCCUUGGAAGCUACAGCUGACCAGUCCGCAGCAUCGUUUGAGAUGGAAAUGUCUCAGACCGGUUUCAGUGCUCAUUAUUCACAGGACUGGGUCAUGCUUGGAGCAGUGGGGGCCUAUGACUGGAACGGAACUGUCGUCAUGCAGAAGGCUAACCAGAUUGUCAUCCCUCAGAACACCACCUUUCAACCUGAGCCCGCCAAAAUGAACGAACCUCUUGCUUCUUAUUUAGGUUACACAGUGAACUCUGCCACUGUCCCUGGAGAUGUGCUCUAUGUCGCUGGACAGCCUCGAUACAAUCAUACAGGCCAGGUCGUCAUCUACAAGAUGGAGGAUGGGAACAUCAAAAUUCUCCAGACACUCAGAGGAGAGCAGAUCGGUUCCUACUUUGGUAGCGUCUUGACAACAAUUGACAUUGACAAAGAUUCUUAUACCGACCUGCUUCUCGUCGGGGCCCCCAUGUACAUGGGGACAGAGAAAGAGGAACAGGGCAAAGUCUACGUGUAUGCUGUGAACCAGACAAGGUUUGAAUAUCAAAUGAGCUUGGAACCAAUUAAGCAAACGUGCUGUUCAUCUCUGAAGGAUAAUUCAUGCACAAAAGAAAACAAGAAUGAGCCCUGUGGGGCCCGAUUUGGAACAGCAAUUGCUGCUGUAAAAGACCUCAACGUGGAUGGAUUUAAUGACAUCGUGAUCGGAGCUCCGCUGGAGGAUGACCAUGCGGGAGCUGUCUACAUUUAUCAUGGCAGUGAUAAGACCAUAAGGAAGGAGUAUGCACAACGUAUUCCAUCAGGUGGGGAUGGCAAGACACUGAAAUUUUUUGGCCAGUCUAUCCAUGGAGAGAUGGAUUUAAAUGGUGAUGGUCUGACUGAUGUGACCAUUGGAGGUCUUGGUGGAGCUGCCCUCUUCUGGGCCAGAGAUGUGGCCGUAGUUAAAGUGACCAUGAAUUUUGAACCCAAUAAAGUGAAUAUUCAAAAGAAAAACUGCCGUGUGGAGGGAAAAGAAACAGUAUGCAUAAAUGCUACAAUAUGUUUUCAUGUGAAAUUAAAGUCUAAAGAAGACUCCGUUUACGAAGCUGAUUUGCAGUAUCGUGUCACCCUCGAUUCACUGAGACAGAUAUCACGGAGUUUUUUCUCUGGAACUCAGGAAAGAAAGGUUCAAAGAAACAUCACAGUUCGAGAAUCAGAAUGCACUAGGCACUCCUUCUACAUGUUGGACAAGCAUGACUUCCAGGACUCCGUGAGAGUGACUUUGGAUUUUAAUCUUACGGAUCCAGAAAAUGGGCCUGUGCUUGAUGACGCCCUGCCAAACUCGGUCCACGAACAUAUUCCCUUUGCCAAAGACUGUGGAAACAAGGAAAAAUGCAUCUCCGACCUCACCCUGGACGUGUCCACCACAGAAAGGAGCCUGCUGAUUGUCAGGUCCCAGAAUGACAAGUUCAAUCUCAGCCUCACAGUGAGAAACAAGAGAGACAGCGCCUACAAUACCAGGACAAUAGUGCAGUAUUCCCCAAAUCUGAUUUUUUCAGGAAUUGAGGGGAUCCAAAAAGAUAGUUGUGAAUCCAAUCGAAAUAUCACAUGUAGAGUUGGAUAUCCUUUCCUGAGGACAGGAGAAAUGGUAACCUUCAAAAUAAUAUUCCAGUUUAAUACAUCGCAUCUCACAGAAAAUGCAAUCAUUCAUUUAAGUGCAACAAGUGACAGUGAAGAACCACCCGAAUCUCUUUAUGAUAAUGAAGUAAAUAUUUCCAUCCCAGUAAAAUAUGAAGUUGGACUACAGUUUCACAGUUCUGCAAGUGAACAUCACAUCUCAGUUGCAGCCAAUGAGACUAUCCCUGAACUUAUCAAUUCUACUGGUGAUAUUGGAAAUGAAAUUAAUGUCUUCUACAUGAUCAGAAAAAGGAGCCAUUUCCCGAUGCCAGAACUUCAGCUGUCAAUCUCAUACCCCAACUUGACCUCAGAUGGUUAUCCUGUACUAUACCUGACUGGAUGGUCGUCUUCUGACAAUGUAAACUGCAAACCCCGGAGCCUUGAGGAUCCUUUCGGUAUCAAUUCUGGGAAGAAAAUGACAAUAUCCAAGUCUGAGGACCUCAAAAGAGGCACAAUCCAGGAUUGCAGUACCUGUAAACUUGCCACCAUCACGUGCAAUCUCAUGCCUUCCGAUGUGAGUCAAGUGAAUGUUUCACUCAUCUUGUGGAAACCAACCUUCAUAAAAACACAUUUUUCCAGCUUCAAUCUCACGAUAAGGGGAGAACUUCAGAGUGAAAACACAACGCUGACUUUAAGUAGCAGCAACCGGAAACGAGAGCUGGCUAUUCAAAUAUCCAAAGACGGGCUCCCAGGCAGAGUACCACUGUGGGUCAUCCUCCUGAGUGCCUUCGCUGGGCUACUGCUCUUGAUGCUGCUGAUUUUAGCUCUGUGGAAGAUUGGAUUCUUCAAAAGGCCACUAAAGACGAAAAUGGAGAAGUGAAAUAUUUCACAGGAGGAAAAAGAACUGUAACAGUUAUUCAAUGAUCUAUCCUCAGGUUUGCCUCAAUCAUGUGAGAAGAAAUUCAGAAAUAUAACCAAAGACAUGGUCACAUAACUCUAUGUAAUCCAUCAUCCAGCUGGGAUUACUCACUUGGAAAGUGACAGAUCAAGUAUGAUCCAAAAAGGGUACCCAAAGAUAUGGUUUAGAAAGUGAUGAGAAAUACUUGUAAUAAUUACUCAUUUUUGUUGAGUAAGUGAAAUGACAAAAUGUUUUAUAGAAGAAUCCCCAAUAUAAGUAUGUUUGUGUGUUUAAAUGCCAUGCAGAAUAUUUAAGGGAUGCACAAAAAGAGCUUUGUGUUCAUUGAGACAGUUACUCUCAGCCCAAUGUAAAUUAAGCUUUUCCCCUUGAUUAUACCUUCAGAGUGACACUCAGCAUCUGUAAUUGCCAACAAAGGAAUGGAGUGGAAAAGAUCUCCUAAUUCUGAUGAGAAAAGCUUUGCCUAGCAGAGUCCAUGUAAAAUAUAGACUGAAAAUAGAGUUAAAUCAUAAAACGAACACUCAUUGACUUCUUGGUUUCUGUAGUUGGAAAAAACAAUGGUUUUUCCAAUGUGAAAAAAAAACAGUGUUUUCCAAUGUGAUUGGAAAAUAGUGCCAUUGAGCUUAAAUUCUAUAUAGAAUAGACAGUCAAGAUAGAGUUGUUAUUUAAAAACAAGGCCACUGCAUCUAUUCAUUUAAACUUCUACAGAAAGUAAAAGUGCUUAAUUUAUAUUGAGCUCUAAAACACAAAACUCUUUUAUAAAGGAAAAAACACUUAAAGCCAUUUGUGUAGCAUUCAUGAAAAGUCACAAUGUGUGUGUGUGUGACACCCAGAGGGUUUAAUGAAGCAUGAGAGCAUAGAUAGAUAACCCAAAAUAACUAAAAUCAUCCUUGCUGAGCAGUUGUUUAAAACUAGGGCUUCCAGAUGUUACAUUAAAGUAGGAGACUUCUCGACACUUUGGUAUAGAGUUCAGUUAAAACCCCAAGAUAUGAAAGUUUAUUUUCAAAAUAUUUAAUUUUCUAAAUACAUUUUAUGUUACUAUUGAAAAAACAGUCUCCUGAAGUAGUUUUAUAUUUUACCAAGAAUUCAUUGCUUUUAAACAUGGCAUAUCAGUAUUUAAACAGAAACCAAGAAAUGUAGUUUAAAGAAUUUAUAGCUUAAAAACUUAAACCAGCAGAAAGAUACAACUCAUUUGCAUGUACUUCUGUGUUCCUGAAGUUCCUAGGGACCUUGGACUCCGCUGUAAUGUAAGCUCCCAGAUUGCUCCAUUUCUAAGAUAAAUAACAAUGAAUGAAUGUACAGUAUCUUCAUGUGUGAACUACUGCUGUAAAAUUUGCUGAUCCUCCUGCCCCAAAACCACUUCUCCGCCUGAUGGACCACCGUCAAGAACGGAACCUGUCAAUAUCCCAAAAGAGCUGGACUCUGCUCUCCUCAAAACACAGCAAGCCAACAGAGAAAUUAAGUGCUAUGGGUUUGAUUAUUUAAAAUGUAUCUCUGAGGAAUUAUCUUAGGGCUCAGAUUCAGCCUACCUCUUGGCUUUCCAGCCCUAUGUGUAAGAUCCUAAGGCCUACGGGAUGGACAUGAGGAUGCCAUAGUCAUCCCUGGCUGGAAGAAAGGUAGACAGGCAACAAGAAGAAAGGUGUGUUCUCCACUCACUGUCUCUCACCGGCUUCGGAAUCAUGCCUUCCUCCUGUUCUUCUUUCCCCAUCAGAACUCAGGUGUUUCUUGCUCAGUUACCAUGGUGCCCAACUCCAGCACUCACACUCAGCAGCCCUACUUCUAACUCCAGGCCUUUGGGAAUGAAAUUCAACCCGUACAUUUAGACUCAUCUUCGACAUCAGGGACUGCCAGGCGCUAGACUCUAUACACUGAGCUACAAGUGUGCAUCUUUAAACUGAAAAUGUCUUUUAAAUCAAAAGGGCUUGGCAGAAAUAAGGACAUUUUGAACUUUUAAAGAGAGGAAGAGCAGUUAGGCCAGAUAAAAAGGUGCCAAAGCCACUUAUCUACCAGUUUGUAACAUAUGUUAUUCCUGGUUAGCAGUAAAUAUUCAAGGAAUCAGACAUCUCAUUUCUCCACUAUGAUAACUGAAUCUGUGUGUGUGUAAUUGUUUGUACACACAUACACAUACCAUUUUAACACAGAACAACUGUGCUUAAUGACAGAGCUUACAAUUAGGGCAAAAACUAAGCACACAAAAGCAGCAGCACCAGUGAUGAGAGUCUGUUUCCUUUGCUUCUCAGACAGUAUUCACUUCCAUUAAUAUUUAAGUUUAGUCAUUAUUUUGUAAGCUAAAAAAAUACAAAUGCAGAGGCUUUGAUUUAAAAAAAUGAUCACAGAUGCCCAAAAUUAGCUUUCUAGAAAUAUUCUAGAGCAUAUAAAUAAUUAAGAAAUAACUAAGUUCUAAACAUUAUUUUAAAACAAUAGGAAAAAUCGGGUGAUACUUAAGACUAUUUAUGAACUUACGAAUUAAAAUAAAUCACCAAGUAUCUUGUAGCUUUGAUUUUUUUAAAGCACUAUUUCUUCCAUUUUCCACUGUGAACUGAACUAUGUGUGCAUUCUCUGUCCUGAGUUACACACACAAUGGAACACGAAUAAAUUACUCAACAUAUUGUUCUUCAAGAGGAAAAAAUACCCCAAUAUUUUGACUUUUGUGGCUUGAUUGCUCUCUCCAUAGCCACUUCCAGAUACCUAACAUAAUCCUGUUCAGCUUGCAGAAUUCCUACCAAUGUGUGUCAGAGCUUACCAACUAGUACGAGAUACUGCAGCAUAUCACUGAAAUAAACUAUGUAGUUUAAUUCUACGUAGUAGAAAAACUGAUGUAUAGAGAUGCAGAUCAGUGUUCACAAUCUACACACACACACCUAAGCACGCACUCUAAUCAAGCUUCCAGUUAUGCUGAAAAUACUGGUAGUAUCAAUUCCAGAAGUUAGAAUGCUACAGAUCAUUCAUCCUUUAGUUUUGAAUUUCUAAGACUAAUCAUUCUUUACUAUGAAUACGAACUUGCAAGGAGGAAGGACUUGAAAGGAAGAAAAUACAAAACAUGGCCUGCACUCCACUAAGAACCAGAGCCACUUGGGAGUCACAAAGAAACUGUUCUGCUUUCUCAAGAAGCUCACAGGCCUGAGGGGACAUGAGGAAAGGUCUUCUCUGGCAAAAAUUGGGAUCUGAUUUAAACAUCAGUGGUGUGAUUUGUUAAACUAUUUUUCUGUGAGUACUAGGAUCAUUGGCGACUUUGACCCCAAAUAUUUUCUGUGUCAUAUGUAUACUUGAAUAAAAGCUUAUUUUUAUUAUUUAAAAUAAAAAUAAACACACAAAGGAAGAGAGAUUUGUAUAAAAUUUGAUGCUUAGGCAGCCAGAAUAAUUUUUAUCUAUAUAGAUGUAGCUAUAAUGUGAAUAUAUUUUUCAUAGAAAAUCAUCUACUUUUCCUUUUAUAAACCAAAAUCUAAGCUCAAUUGGAAAGCAGAAAUAUUUGUAUAAGAAAUUUGUGAUAGAGUGGCACUGUAUUACAGCAGUGGCUAUGGAAAGCUCUGGUUUUACUCUUAGUAAAACCACAGCUAACACACUGAAUGGCAGCCAUUGGCUACCACAGAGUGUGCUUUCCGUAGCAACUUCUUCAUUGAACAUACCAUCAAUUUUUUUUAUUAACUCCUAUCCUGCUCUGCACGAUGCUGAGCAAACUAGAGAAGACCCAGGUCCAGAAUCUGCCUCAUGUGCCAGGUGUACUUUAUCAUCCAAAUAAAAUGCUUUCUGGUGAAUAAGUUGUUCAAAAUCACAUUUUAUGCACUCUUCAUUGGUUCUUAAAACCACCCAAGCAUCCUUCUCCCCAUCACUCUUCUCCUCAAAUGUUUUUCAGAAAGACUGCCUUAGUAGCCUGUUAAUAAGACGUGUACUCCUGUUACUGUGAAUGCCAACUUCAGUGAACAGACCAUUCAAGUUUUCCAACCUAGCUUUUUUAAUGACACUCCAAAGGGUUGGCAUGGCAUCAUACAGUAUAAUGUACUUCAGAGAUGCAACAUCCUUCCUUGAGAGGUGAACAACCUUAUGGGCCACUGUUCUCCAUGGCUCUAUGGGGGAAAAAAGGGGAGGGAUUUAAGCCUUCAGCAACUGUCCCUGCGUAUUUUUACAAUCCCCAGCCUCACCCAAGGGACAGUUCUAAAAAACUGAAAGAAGGGCUUUGUCCUCAGGCUGGUGCUGUUUCAAAAUUACAAUAUGCAAAUUAAUUGCACCGAAGAGAUGUUAAAUGCAGCUACAACUUCAAAAUGAAUAGCCUGGGCUCUUGCUUCUAAUUGGACAGUGGCCCCCAAGCUCUAGCUACCUAGAAUCCAGAAUCCCCCACUGCCCAUUAAGUCUGUUUUGAAAGGUAAGCCAAAGCACAUUGGAAAAGGCCACGUGCAAGGCUGGGUGCAGCCCAGUGGUGGAGUCCUUAGAGGGCUCAUGCAAGGCCCUGGGUUUGAACUCUAGCACCACAUAAGGGCAAUGGGUACUAUCAUGCCGCCAUUUCUCAAAUGGAAGUACUGUUGUACACUACUAAAAAAAAAAUACAUAAAAUAUUUUAAAAUAACUAAAAAAAUGGCAUUAAACUAUGACAUUGUGAUCCUGUGAACUAAUCAGUGCCUUCUAUUAAAAGGUUACCUCAAAUUCAGAAAUUCAGAGUAAGAGUUUUAGCCAUCAGCCAUGAGGAGAAGACAGAGCAGCAUGUGGAGGCAGCAAGUCCCAGCCCAAGGGUCCCUAAAACAUCUGGCCCAGGGGGAUGUACAGCUCUGACCUAUGGAAAUAAAUAAAUAAAUGACAAAGGGCCUGAGCCCUCGCUGUUCCCACAGCCAAGGCUCUGCUCUCCAUUUCAGAAACACUUCUUGGUGAACUGUUACUACACCGCAGAUGCGCAAGGCUGAGUCUCACUUAUCACUGUUGGUUCUGAGAGCAGCUCUUUGUUUACGUUGUUGACUGCAUACUGCAAAACUUUCCUCUCGCAUGUGAUAAGUCGAAGAUUUGCUCCAAGACUUCCGUGCUUUUCCUCCUGACACAGCCUGUAGGGUUGGUGAUGCAGAAGAUAGACAUCAGGAGCUAGAGUCUGCUUGCAGCCCUCUUCAGCAUGCCAAUUAGGUUUCUCUUCCUCAGCCUGCAUGUGCUUUUGGUGUGGGGCUUCCUCAGCAAGGUUGUCCCAUGCCAUAUGCCCCUCGUGGGGACUAGGCUAGUGUCAAGUUAUAGUUUAUGAACAAAGACUCAGAGACCCCUUAUUUAUCACAUCAUGGGAAUCAUGGCUAUAAAGCAGGGGCCAAUGACAUUGAGUGCUGUGGCGAUGUUUGGCAUUUGUGUGUUUCGAGGUACAUACUUAGAGAAAGGAGUGUGGAGUUUAGAGGCUCUUAUGCAAGAGUUUGAGGCUGAAUAUCUGAUCUCUCAUUCGUUGGAUUUAUGCUUAUGAACUGAGAACAAAAAUCUUAAAAGAAGUCUUCCAAAUGCCAUCAGAAAUGGAAACCCACUCUGUUCAUGAUCAAUCCCUAUUAGUAUUGUUUGUCCCCACACCUGUAUUUUAGGAGCUGGAGAGAGAUGGAGGGAGGAAAGGGAAGUGAAUAUUGUUUGUGUUUUCUUCCAUAGAGUAGCCAUAGUGAAGGAAGUCACCACAUGUAGAUCUGAUGUGACGUGACAACUUACACUUUGAUAAAUACAAAAGAAAUGUGGGCAGACAAGGCCAUGAAACUACCUGUCUUUGAUUUCUACCACCCAAUCCAUAAAAAUGGCCAAAGUUUCCUAAGACUCCAUGUGUCCCACCCCACAGCACAGCACUCACAAACAUACUUGUCACUAUAAGAGCGAAAGUAUACUCUUACUUAUAGAUUAACCCCGGGCUAAGCUUCUGGGGUUAACACAUCUCAGCGUCAUGUGAAGACCAUUGUCUGAAAUGACAGUAUGCAGGUUCUUCCUUCUGGAGUCAUUCCACGCAGGUGAUCCUAGUGGUUAGCAUUUGGAUCUGUGCUGCCUGCUGCCCUCACCUGGGGAAGCAGCAGGUCCCGGCUGCAGGAUUAGGAAACACUGGCCUGUAGGGAUGAUACGCUGUGUGUUACUACUGUGAAGCUGUAAGAUUGUUAAUAGGCCAUGUGCACUAUGUAUCUAUCUUAUAAAAAAGAAGAAUAUUGCAUUUAAUAACUACUGCCCUGGAGCAUCCAUCAUACUCCCUGCACACAUUUCUCCAUUGCCUAGUUUAAAGCAUUAGAUUGCUCAUUUUCCUAACUUACCUCAAACUGAACUCAUCAAAGGGACAAUUUAAAGUUAUUUGCAUAGAAUUAUUAAAAAAUGAUUAGGUGAAAACGCUUUGUUGACAUUCAAGAACAAAGAACCUUUGCAUAGAAAUUUGUGGAAUUUGCUGCGAGGUGACAGUCAUUGGCGAGGUAUAAUUAGAAUUAGCUGAGUGUGUGAAGGAGCGUUUUGAAUGCUCUGUGUAUGGCGUAUCCUGUACACUGUUCUGAGGUCAAAGGUUUGAUAUUUUUGUAUAAUUCUAUCUUAUCUUGCACAUCAGCUGUGUAAUUUACGUCAAGGUAAAUGAGCAUCCUGUUUUAUGUCUUAAAUAAAAAAUGACUCAAGGAA